CGGCAACGUCCAUUCAAGAAUCACCUCUCAACACAAAACCAAUAAACUUAGCUAGGUAACCAAGGAAGGUAGCAGCAAGAGGAGGCAAUGGAGGGAAAGAGGACUACCGCUUUGAUGGUGAUCAUGUGCCUGGUCAUCUUGAGCCUCAAUGUUAACCCGGCCACCGCGGCACAGUGCAGCUGCUGCGUAUCCGCCCGGGCAAAAGCAUGUUGUUUUGCUUGUAUUACUGCAGGUGGCUCCGACUCACUCUGCAAGAACACUUGCUGUUUCCCAUGUGUUCUGUCCGAUUCUGUUGCUGCUAAGAUGGAAGAAAUGGCAGUGCUUGCUAAGAUGGAAGAAGCUGGACAAGCCUAAAACGAUAUGAUUGCAUUGCUACCAGCAUGAAUGCCAUUCAUAGGCAUAUGUUGCUAUGCUUCAAGCUAUGGCCAAGUUAUGUUCAUGUUUAUCUCCAAUAAAUUGUUCACCAUAUGGGGCGACCUCUAGUCGAGGUCCAUCUGUUGGUCUCAACUAUAUGUGUGUCGUGCAUCUGUGGGCGCGUGUGUGUGGUGACAAGCAUAUUUAAUUCCUCUCGCUGCUUGUAAUAAGGACACAGACACUGUCCACCGUGAUAUGUGUCAUGAACAGUCUAAUAUGUUUAUGUAUUGUCUCUGGCCUUAGCAAGUUUAUUGAAACAUGAUUAUUAUUAUUA